UCCAAACGAAAAUGGCGUCGGAAGCCGUGUGGUUCAGCGUUGUUUAUGCAAUGAUAUCUGCCUGUAUACUGACUCCACCGACAGAAUUGGUCACAGCUGGUUUAACGAUAACUCAUAUAUUCGGCAGGUUUAUUGACAAAGAGGACGUGAAGUUUGUUGAACACCACAUUCAAAGAACACUUCUCACAGUCGUAGUUCAUACGUUUCUUCCUUUGGGCUAUUUCUUUGGCUUCACACAUUUGAUAGAAGAUGAAAGUGUGGUGGAACUGUGGCAGUCCAAACUGCUCUGGCAGGUUGGCCUGGCAGCCUCUUGCAUCAUCUUCACAGUGGGUCUUGUACUUGCCUUCACCUGGUCCAUGGCUGACUGGAUGCGUCAUCCCAUUACUCAGAAACUGCUCGUGUAUGGCAGCCCAUGGCAAUUGAUAGCAACACGUAUCAACGCAGAGUUCCGCCACGUGGAUAAGUUCAUCAGCGGUGGAAACUCGCUGACAAGAACGGUGGUCACCAACUCGUGGAUCAUCAAGGCGACACCGUACAACCUUUACCUCAUUCAGCAGUCGGAUGCCAUCUUGGAGCUGAUGAGCAGCGCAGAACAUUCAGUGUCACACGUCACUGGUACUGGCGUUCAGUACCUGGACAUUUUGGUCCGCAGUCGAAGAGCCGCCAUCAAGCCCUUCUCUAUUCGAGUCAAUUCCAUGGAAUACAAUGACCUUCGAGAAAAGCUUCAAGGGGAGCUGGACAAUGUGCGCAACAUUAUCAUCCACCGUAGUCUCAGCGACCGUUUCACAGAUGCCUUUCGCAGUCACGUUAUGCACAACGCCCGCUACAAGCUGCCUGCUGGCAUGGAGUUGGAGCCAUGCAUUGGGUGCAUGCAGUCCAGUGCAAAGGUGAAGCUGCAGAAGCAUUGCGAUGAGCCCCUAGUGGGGCAAUGCCAGAACUGCUUAUGUAUUCCCAUGUGGUGUCUCGACUGCAUGGGGCGUUGGUUUGCUAGUAGACAGGACCCCCAGCGGCCUGAAACAUGGCUAGGAUCUCGCUGCUAUUGUCCUACGUGCAGGUCUGUUUUCUGCAUGCUGGACGUCUCAUUGGUGGAGGUAUAAUGCCGCUCCUGUUUUGAGGAAUUAAAUUCCAUCUAUAUGAGCACUCAACCAGUGUUUCACCACAGUGCAACAAUCCUGGCUCUAUGAUGAUUUCCACGUUGUCUCAUUAUUUUGCUAAGACACUGUAUCGCUCCAUAGCCAUUUCAGCCACAGGCUUCAUGCGCUGUUUGUUUAUAACUUGCAUUUUGAAAAAAAAAAAAAAAAAUGUUGAGACGUACA